GCUUCCGAUUGAAUCAGUCAAGCGCGUGCCAGGCCCAAUCAAUCAUACCCGAUCACGUCUCCACAACUAGGGAUUCUUUUGUCGCUGGUCUAGUUUCUUCCACGCCUUUAUUUCAACCGCUGGCCCAAUAGAUUGGAGUGGCUUUAUCACAUUAAAUCAAUCUUUUCAUGUCGACACAAACAGCUGUGGCCACUGCAUCAUCUGUUCCAAUCACAGGAAGUGCCACAGAUCUUUCGGGCUCAGUUGCCGCGCUGACUCCACCAUCCGCCCCUGCAAAGAGCACGAAUAAACGUCUAGAAUUGGAGACCCUUAUACGUGAAUUCCAGAACAAGUUGGGGAAUAACUGGGAGAAGUAUCAUGAAACACUCUCGCUUUUCUUGAUUGGAAAGCUUUCGCGUAAUGAAUUCGUCCAAACGAUUACUCCCAUACUCAAAGAUGGCUUGAUCAAAUACCAUAAUAAGUUAUUACUUUUCAACUUUGCAAAUUCUUUGAAAGAUGGACCACUUGACUUUUCCAAUGAGUUUGCAACAUUUUGGAACAAAAAGGCUCAAAAGACUACCAAGGUGAAGUCAACUCAAUAUGAAAAGUUCAAGCAAAAUAUCAUGGGCUUGCCUAUUAGAGAACGGAGAAGAAUAAAGAACAUAACUAGAGAUAGUGGUAAAAAGGGGAAGUUGAGCUCAGGAAUAACGUUGACAAGACAUUCUCUUUUGCCAAAAAUCCCGAUGAUCCAAGAUAAAGAACAGCAGCAAUUGCAAGUGAACAACUUAGUGCAAUGGCAACAAGAUGUGGUCAACGGUAUUAAUACGCCAGUAGCAACCCAGAAUUAUGAACUUCCAGACUAUGACAACUUAUCGAAAAGACUUUUGAUGACAAUGAGAGAGCAUGGAUUAACUGGUGGAUUGAAUCCCCAAGCAAUGGAAGUGAUAUUACUAGGAUUGGAGUCGCAUCUUAAAAGUAUAGUUGAGAGUGCAAUUGAUAUUGCAAAAUACCGAGAAAACAAGUAUACAAAUAAUGACUACAUUCCGUUGGAGACUAAGGAUAGUGGUGGCGAGCCUCUUAAAAAGCGUAACUUCACUCAGAUGGAAAGUGAUUCAUCCAAAGACAUAACAUUGAACAUAGAAGACUUAUACGAUACUUUAGAGAUGUUUCCACAUUUGAUAGAACCAUGUGGUCCCAAGUAUCGUUUGUCUAACGUUAUGCUCGAUAACGAUGACUCAAUUCCCCACAAACUAGACUACGAAUUACCCCCCAGGCAUGAGGUAUUACCAAUUGCAUCAACUACAAUAAAUCCUCCUAUAAAUGGAAGUGCAGUCCAUAGCUUGAAUGGAGCUGUUGAUGCUAAAUCUUUCAAUGGCCCACUCAAGCAAGAAGAUAUAAAGGAGGAAAAAACAGUAGCCAAACCCGCUCAACCACCAGUUAGACCAGAUUCACAUAUAGGUACUACGGAUGAACUCAAAUGGGUCUUACACGAUCUCAUUUCAACUAUGUGAGUCUACAAAAAUCUCGUUCCAAUCAUCCUAAACAAAAAAUUCAACCUUGUAUUAUUAACCCAUCAUAACUAUCACUAUAAGUAUAAGUAUAACCUAUUUAUCUCAUUUUUUUUUAUAAGGUGAAUCAAUUGCUUUGAUUCUUUCAAGUGAAUUGAUAAAGCUGGAAUUUUUCUCAUCAACUUCAUCAUUAACGUUACUCAUGAAUAAACACUUGCUGUUAAGGU